CGCCGUCCUCAGCGCCCGCCCAGCCAUGCCCAACUUCGCCGGCACUUGGAAGAUGAGGAGCAGCGAGAAUUUCGACGAGCUCCUCAAGGCGCUGGGUGUCAAUGCCAUGCUCAGGAAGGUGGCGGUGGCUGCCGCUUCCAAACCCCACGUGGAGAUCCGCCAGGACGGGGACCAGUUCUACAUUAAAACUUCCACCACUGUCCGCACCACUGAGAUCAACUUCAAAAUUGGAGAGAGCUUCGAGGAGGAGACGGUGGAUGGCCGAAAGUGCAGGAGUUUGGCCACUUGGGAGAAUGAAAACAAGAUCUAUUGCAAACAAACUCUUAUUGAGGGAGAUGGUCCUAAAACAUACUGGACUCGAGAAUUAGCUAAUGAUGAGCUGAUUUUGACCUUUGGUGCUGAUGAUGUUGUGUGCACGAGAAUUUAUGUAAGAGAGUAAAAAAAUCCAUUUACUUGUCAUCUGGGAUGAAGUGGAGAACUGUGAAAAGCCCCAGUGUAAUGAGUAUCCAUGUGUGCUGUUACUAAUGCGGUGUUGUAUGUGACCGUGUGUGUUAUAUAUGAAUCCAUAUCCUGUUAAGUGUAUUUCACUUUAUUU